AGUCAAUGCUUCCAUUUUAAUACUAGUAUUUUUUUUUCCCCAGCUACUAUUGGGCCAUGCAUGCAAGCUUUUCCAAUCUCACCACGCACAUCAAUAUCACUACCAAUCCCCACUUAUUUCCCACACAACACCUUAUAUAUAUAUAUACGCUCUCUGCAAGCCUUUCAAGAAUCCACCACCCAAUUUUAUACAAUUUCACACUAACGAUAGGCAUAUUCUUUGGAAAUAAGUAUACAACACUUUCAGUGAUAUGGGAGAGGAACUGACAGUGGCAGUUAACUUGCCCAAGGAAGAGUUUCCAGCAAUCUCUGCUCCUCCAUCUCAACUCCAUUGCCUUUCAAUCACAAGGUCAUCGCUAUUAGAUAUAGCUCCCAAAAGCCCAUUAAUUAGUUCACGUCUAAUGACACCAAUAGCCAGCCCUAUGAAGAAGGCAAUUACUAGCGUGCAAUGUUACUUGGAAGAAGUUGGUCAUUUCACCAGGCUUGAUCCACAAGAAGCGUGGCUUCCUAUUACCGAGUCUAGAAGCGGUAACGCUUACUACUCAGCAUUUCACACUUUGAGCUCAGGAAUCGGAGUGCAAGCCCUUGUUCUUCCGCUAGCUUUCACCGCCCUCGGCUGGACUUGGGGACUUGCAUGUUUAUCUCUAAUUUUUAUGUGGCAGCUAUACACUUUAUGGCUGCUGAUUCAGCUACAUGAAUGCGAAUCUGGGAUGCGCUAUAGCAGAUACCUAAGACUAUCAAUGGCAGCUUUUGGUGAGAAGGUAGGGAAACUGCUGGCCCUCUUUCCAAUUAUGUAUCUAUCAGGAGGAACGUGUGUGACCUUGAUUAUGAUCGGAGGUGGAACAAUGAAAAUAAUUUUCCAAAUCUUCUGUGGAGACACAUGUAACGUGAAGCCAUUGACAACAAUUGAGUGGUACUUGUUAUUUACUUGCUCGGCCAUCAUCCUAGCUCAGCUUCCCAACUUGAAUUCCAUAGCUGGAGUUUCGCUAAUCGGCGCAAUCACAGCUGUUAGCUACUGUACCCUUAUAUGGGUGGUAUCCCUUGUUCAAGGUAGGCCUGUUAACGUCUCCUAUGAUACUCCACAGUCAAAAUCUGAUCUGGCUAGUUUUGGUACUAUCCUCAAUGCACUUGGGAUAAUCGCCUUUGCUUUCAGAGGUCACAAUCUCGUGCUUGAAAUUCAGGGAACUAUGCCUUCAGAUUCAAAGCAACCAUCUCGUCUACCUAUGUGGAGAGGAGUAAAAUUCGCAUAUUUAAUUAUCGCAAUGUGUUUGUUUCCCCUUUCAAUAUGUGGCUAUUGGGCUUAUGGAAACUUGAUACCAGGAAAUGGAGGGAUCUUAACUGCUUUAUACAAAUACCAUGAACAUGGCACACCCAAUUCGCUACUAGGAACAACAAGCUUACUCGUUGUACUUAACUGCCUCAGCUCAUUUCAGAUAUAUGCAAUGCCAGUUUUUGAUAAUUUGGAGAUUAGAUACACUAGCAAAAUGAAUAGGCCCUGCCCAAGGUGGCUACGUUCUGGGCUUAGGGUGUUGUUUGGAUGCUUGGCGUUCUUUAUAGCUGUGGCAUUUCCAUUCUUGCCUAGCUUGGCAGGAUUGAUUGGAGGAAUGGCACUACCUGUUACAUUAGCAUAUCCAUGUUUCAUGUGGACAAUAAUUAAGAAACCUCAGAAAUAUGGUGCAAUAUGGUGCCUGAAUUCCAUACUAGGGGUAUUGGGAAUGAUACUCAGCCUUCUGGUGGUCACUGGAGCAAUAUGGACCAUUGUGACUAUGGGAAUAGAGAUUCACUUCUUCAAGCCGCAGUAACCAGUAGUCGUACGAUUAGACAGCAGUUGACUUGGUGACGGUGUUAAAACUGACUCUUAAAAUACCCUUUUCUGGAACAAAAGCAAAUUAGGCUGGGCUCUCAUCCUUAAUGGUAGCCUCCCCUCACUUUAUUAUUUAAAUCAUCUGUCUCCCACAUAUUCUCUCUUAACCCCGGAAAAGAGAUGACCACAGGCAUUUGACAAGUUCCUGAAUUUUCUUCCAACCAAAUUUGUUAUUUAGAAUGCUCAAGCAGAAAAUGGCUUUAUUUCCAUGAAACAAAAAGUUU